AUGUUACUACAAAGUAACUGUAUGUUCAAAUUGCUUAGGAAAGACAGAUCUUUCAGUUGUUUUGCAUUUAAAAGAUAUUUCGUAAUAAUCGAAGAGGCAAAUAUACAUGCAUACAAAUUGACCAUCGAUGAAAAUAUAAGCGAAGUUCCAAAAAUCGUGGGUGGUUCCGUGGCAGAGGAUGGACUGUAUCCUUAUCAAGCUUCGCUUCGUUUUAAAAACCGUCAUUUCUGCGGAGGAUCGGUGUUAAACGAAAGAUGGAUCCUAACAGCCGCUCAUUGUUUAUCAAGUUUCAAUGACACAGCAAUAGCCGUCGUGUUAGGUUCGAACACUCUGGACAAUGGUGGCGACGAAUAUCAAUCUGAAAAAGUAAUUGGUCAUCCAAAGUACAGUUCUGCAUUGAUCAGAAACGAUAUUGGAUUGAUCAAGUUAAGUAAAGACAUUGUUUUCGGUGACAAAGUGAAGCCUAUCUCGUUACCGAAUGAGAACUUCAGUAAAGUGGAUUAUCCUGCUGUAUUAUCCGGUUGGGGAACCACAAGCUAUCCUGGACAGACACCAAACGAGCUCUAUCACAUUCAACUGAGCGUGAUCGAUCAGAAAGAAUGUUUAAACGCUAGCUUUCGCAUCACCGACGACAAUAUCUGCACACUUAACAAGAGGGGUGAAGGCGCUUGUCACGGUGAUUCUGGCGGUCCUUUGGUCGCCGACAACGAACAGAUCGGUGUAGUAUCCUGGGGAAUACCGUGUGCAAGAGGUCGACCGGAUGUCUUCACCCGUGUCUACAGUUAUGUUGACUGGAUCAGGGGUCACGCUGAAAAUAAGAGUUAG